AUAUCAUCGGUGCACAAUGACCGACGAUCUUAUGAGGGCAUUUACAAGUAUAUAACGUCCAGCGAUUUGUUAGACAGACAUCAGUCAUCAACACCAACUUACUAGUUACACAACAAACACAACAAUCAGUGAAAAUGUACUCAAUUUACGCUAUCUUCGUUGCUGUAUUGGCUCUGUCUAAUGCAGAGCCACCAGCUCAACAAGGUGUCGUGCCUGGAAGCCUCAUUAGGCUGGUACAACCGUCGCAGCCUCAGCCACAGGUAUUCUACUAUCAACCAGCUCAAUAUAAGGUCGCCGAGGAUGAAAACAAAAACGUCACAGCUGUUGAAGGACAACAGAAAAACACCACAGAACCAACAACUCCGAAAAACUUCAACGGCCAACGUAACGCUCCAGUACCAGAAGAACAAGAAAAACAGAAAGAGAAUCUGGAAGCCCCAAUUGAAGAAAUGGGCGUCUACUACAUCUACCAUCCCACAGGUCUGCUGCAACGGGUGAUGUAUGCGACCAAAGACGAUGCAAGGAACAUGGCGUUCAGCGCAAAAUUGAAGUACAAGAAUGUGGAACCCGUCUCUGGACCUAUCUACACGUAUGACCCUGAAACUUAUGUUUUCAAACAAGUCACACAAUAAUUUUCUGAGUUGUUCCGAAUAAACUGAUCUAAAUGAAAACCUACAA